CUGAGAAAGCCCAUUUGAUAAUUAUCCCGAUGGUGAGGAUGUGACAUGGCGAGUGUUUGUCUCAUUGUUGUGAUGAUUCGCUGGGAUGAUGGACUCAUUUCAUGCUGAUUCAGACCCAUGCUAAUGCGGGACCUACCACUGCUAGCUCGGACACCUCUUGAGUGCUAACGAUGGAAUGCCAUGACAACGUUGGUGUUUGGAUGGAGUUGAGAUCUUUGAGUCAGAUGUAGCUACAUGAGCUGCAUUGAAGUAGCUUGGUUUCAAGUGAUGGGAUCUUUUGCUUAUUCACAAGCUUCUAGGGAAUACAUAAACUACUGUUCGGAUUGUCAUGGCCCCACCAAAAGACAAUCACAAUGCCAGCAUCCACUUGUUCAAAGAGGAGCCUCUAGCCAACGUUCAUUAUUCUUAGCGUUGCAUCUUCCUCGAUUUCCUGCUGUUCAUUUUGCGUGGUGUUCUCAUUUUUGGCCCUGUUUUAAGCUAUGCAGUUUUCACAUUCACAUGAUCGUCAAGUGCAUUCGAAAGUGUAGCCAUCUCUGACAACCAUCUGCAACUUACAGGGCUUGUAUCUGACUGGAUUUCUUGGUCUUUGCACAUACUACCAAGCUUGUUGUCGUUCUUGACCCUGUUGAUGCAACUGAGUCAAUGGCCAUGGUUUAAUCACGUCAUCACAUGAGGAUAUUGUGCAGCCAAGACUUUGGAAUACUAACUCUAUGUGUAUGUGAUUGAUCAAUUGGUGGUUUCCUUGGUCGUAAUCUUCCCAAGGUUCGUCCUGUCCUACUGGACUUACAAGAUGAUGAUCGAGGAGUGUGGUUGUGCAUGUCACAGUUGUUUUGGAGGAAACAGCUUGGACCUGCACCACCAGAUUGAAGAGCUAAAUUCCAAGUUGCGACAAAGCAAUGCCCACAUCGCACAGAUGGAAAAGGACUUCGAGGCCAGUCGCCUCUACUCCGAGCAAGAGAUUUCCAAACUCCAGGAUGAGCUGUUAAAGUUACGAGAUCGCUACGACAGAUUGUAUGAAAGUCAUAAGAAACUUAGCAAGGUGAAUCAGGGCCUCGAGGACAAACUUCUGAAAGUGGUGAGCAAGUUUGAAGUUGAGAAGACUGCCCUCCAGAAAGACAUCGCCAAUCUGACGUCACGGAUGGUCGAGGCCAGGAUGACAAUAUCUGAAUUAGAGGAAGAAAACGACCGGUAUAGGAACGAUUGUAACGUUGCUGUUCAACUCUUGCAGUGUAAACCUAACAACUUCGUUGCUCACAAACUGAAUACAUUGCCUUUGGACCUCCAGAAUCGAUUACGUCCACACUUGACACGAGAGGAAAUAAUCAACAUGGACGAUGGACCACAAUCGCCACAGCAAGACACCCAGAAAACGAUCCGCGUGCCAAUGCCAACGUUCCCACCCACUGCCAUGGUUUACUCAGUCAAUCAGAAAGUGAACACUGUCCAAGUUGAAGUGAAACAAAAUGACUCGUCAGUUCCGAUGACAUUAAUCGCAAAGGUGCUAACGCAAUCGGAACCGAGAAAGAGACAGCGGAGAAUUUAUAUUUGCGAUAAGUGCAAGCGGGAUUUUGUUUUUAUGGACAAAGGAAUACAAGCAGACAUUCGUCCUUUGACAAGACGUGAUUCAGAUUCCGACAAUGCAAGUUACAGUAGUAAUGGAAGCAUGCACAUUCAUAAGCCUUCGAGGCCAAGGCUAAAUUCGACUGAGACAGAAAUCUGACAGGAGAGCCUGUCCGAGUAACCUUCCACCCCUUUUUCUCCACCAGUGGUUUCUUCCAUGUUGAUUAUAGGAAUAGUUCAGUAUUGUUGUGUGGGUUUAAUUAGGAUUGUUAGGCCUUCUCAUAAUGAAGCAGCGUUCCUAACAAUUUGUAAAUAUUGAUUAACGCGAUUUGGGUUUGUGGCUUCCAUGUCCUCAUUUCCCGUACUUCCUGUGCAGGAAUCCAGUGGGUAGUACCAAACUUUAGAGGGAUGACGGAUGCUGUCUGAAAUGUCUUGUCAGUUUUUUGCUUAUACCCAAUCGUUGUGUUUCAUCAAAAACAUUCCUAUUUCUACCCCAAUGCCUGGGAAAAGGGAAUAGUCUCCACAAUUGUGUUUAGAAAGGCUUAAUAUGCACAGUUAGGGAAAUCUUGGUCGUGUAGCAACAUAGCUCGAACUAAGUAUUCAUGCAAGUGGAAUUUUUUUAUUUCAGUUACAAAUUUCUAAUUUCUAAGGAAUGGCUUACGCCCUUAAGGAUACGGUACCAAUUGCAUGAUGCUAUGAAGGUCUUGCUUUCUCUUCCUUUUUAACUGUGCAUAUGGUACUUGGUCUGUAUAUAUAGUCUAUGUAGUUAAUUGGUGCUAUAAGUUUGUCUUCACUGUUCAUAUUUAUGUAUUAUAUUUGCCCAAGAAAAUAUAAACUUCUCUUAUUCGAAUUUGACUAUAAAUACAAGUGUGUAGUUUGAAGUUCUUUCUUUGCCAAAAAAACUCUAUGAUUUCAGAAAAAUAGAACACAAUUUUCUGCACCUUAUUAUAACAUCCCAUUGAAAUAUCUAAAUAAGCAAUGAAUGCUCUGCACAAAUUGAGUUGAUACAUGUAACUAGUUUGUCUGCUGUUCGAAAGUGUAGACAAAUGGUUUGUAGAAUAAGUAUACAUUUUCUAAUGCAUCCCAAGAACUGCCCUAUACAGAGGCUCAGAAGUUAAAGUUAGUGCUGGCCUGGCAUUAUCUCAAGACAAUUCUCCUUGUUGAUGCUAAUAGCUUUUAUCUAAAAAUAUAAUAAGAGGACAUGCCUCCUUUCAUUCUAAGACGAUGAGUUUCAGGCUCGGAACAGCCAUACUUUGAUUGACAGUAACACUUUCGAUUGACAUAUUUCCGUACUCCACCUCCAUGCUUCCAAGAAGCACCCUGUACAUAGACUGAUGAAGAUGUAAACUUUGUCAAUAAAGAAA